AUGUCAAAUGCCAGCCUCGUGACAGCGUUCAUCCUCAUGGGUCUUCCCCAUGUCCCAGUGCUGGAUGCCCCCCUCUUUGGAAUCUUCCUGGUGGUUUUUGUGCUCACUGUGCUAGGGAACCUCCUCAUCCUGCUGGUGAUCAGGAUGGAUUCUCACCUCCACACCCCCAUGUACUACUUCCUCACCAACCUGUCCUUCAUUGACAUGUGGUUCUCUACUGUCACGGUGCCCAAAAUGCUGAUGACCUUGGUGUCCCCAAGUGGCAGGGCUAUCUCCUUCCACAGCUGCGUGGCCCAGCUCUACUUUUUCCAAUUCCUGGGGAGCACCGAAUGUUUCCUCUACACAGUCAUGUCCUAUGAUCGCUACCUGGCCAUCAGUUACCCACUCAGGUACACCAGCAUGAUGAGUGGGAGCACGUGUGCCCUCCUGGCCACCGGCACUUGGCUCAGUGGCUCUCUGCACUCUGCUGUCCAGACCAAAUUGACUUUCCAUUUACCCUACUGUGGACCUAACCAGAUCCAGCACUACUUCUGUGACGCACCACCCAUCCUGAAACUGUCCUGUGCAGACACCUCAGCCAACGAGAUGGUCAUUUUUGUGAACAUUGGGGUAGUGGCCUCGGGCUGCUUCCUCCUGAUAGUGCUGUCCUACGUGUCCAUCGUCUGCUCCAUGCUGCAGAUCCCUACUUCAGAAGGAAGACGCAGAGCCUUUCAGACCUGUGCCUCUCACUGUACUGUGGUCCUUUGCUUCUUUGGCCCUGGUCUUUUCAUUUACCUGAGGCCAGGCUCCAGGGAUGCCGUGGAUGGGGCUGUGGCUGUUUUCUACACUGUGCUGACUCCCCUUCUCAACCCUGUUGUGUACACCCUGAGAAACAAGGAGGUAAAGAAAGCUCUGUUGAAGUUGAAAAAUGGGUCAGUAUUCACUCAGGGUAAAUAAUCAAGAAAGGCCAGAUAUACCUAACUUUUCUUUUUUUAUUUGUAAUUAAACCUUCAACAUGAGCAUUAUACUUGAAUAGAGCAUUUCAAUUAUACAAUCUUAAUUUUUAAUCAGACAGUUAAUUAAUCUUUAAUUAUUUUCGGCAGAGUGUUUGUUACCAUCUUAGUUAAAGCUGCCAUUUCAUGGUGAUAAUCUAAAAGAAAGAAUAAUAGUCAAUUCUUUUCACAUUCCAUUAAGUAAAUAAUCAGAAAGUAGUUUUUCAAAACUUAUAUAAAUAUUUUCCUGAAUUUGCUAUUCAGCAUGAUAUUCUUACAGUUUAUUUUGUGUAAUUUAAG